AUGGAAAAAAUAACAGUUCCUACUACUUCUCUAUUUGUUUGUUCUUCUAGAUUAUUUGUUACUAACGAAUAUGUCGGAAAAGUAUUAAAUAAUCCAAACAGUACUGAUGAUGAAAUGAAAUCUAUCCAAGAAUUUCGAAGGAGAUAUAAUUCAUCUUUACCAAACCUAUUAGAUCAUUAUUCUAAAAUUUUAGUAUAUGAUCCAUAUUCAUAUUAUUUUUGUAAUACAGAUGAAUCUACGUUAAUUGUAUCAAAUGUUAUGGACAAAUUUCAUUCUAUGUACCCUUGUUUCUUUGAGACGGAGCUAUUCAAGAAAGAGGUAUUGGAGGUGAUCAAAUUUCCUACUGAUUUGGCAUACAAAGAGCUAAAGAACUAUGUGCUAAACUCACCAUCACCAAUGAUGUCAUGGACCAUGCUCAACAGCCAAGGUUUAUUAAUACACAUGCUACUGAGAACCAAGUAUAUCGAUGAUUUCGUUCAAGAGAAAAUCAAUGAAGGUUUCGAGCAAUUCGUCAUACUUGGUGCCGGUCUAGAUUCAAGAGGAUAUCGCUUGCCAUUCAAAUCUGGAACAACCGUUUGGGAAGUUGAUUUCCCAGAGGUAUUGAACUACAAACAAUUCGUGAUUGGCAACGCAGAGAUUCCUAAGGUAUCGCAAGCCAACAACGUUUUUAUUACCAGUGAUCUACUGCAAUCCAAAGAAUGGACAUCGCGAAUGGACUCAACUGGAUUCAACCGUGCCAAGAAAACCAUUUGGAUAUUAGAGGGUCUGGUCUUUUACAUCGACAGAGAAGGUACUUCGCUAAUACUGAAAACUGUCAAUUCGAUGUCUGCAUCGGGAUCCGGUAUUCUCUAUGAAACCAUAUCCAAACGUUAUUCAUAUCAUGAGAAGCUCAAUCCGAUGAUAACACUCUUCAGAGUUGAUAUGAUCACUACAACCGAGACACCAACAGACCUACUGGAAGAUCUUUGCUUUACCAAAGAUGUCAAAUCACUCUCUGAAAUCGAUACACAAAUACUCUACAAUGUAAAGAAAGAGGAUGAUAAUGAACCACACGUACCCACUAGUUUCACAAUUGCAUACAAACAAUAA